AUGGACAAAGAUCUCGACAACGCGAAUCCCACCAUCUUGAGCGCGGCACAGCUGCCAACGCGCCAGGUCAAAAGGAUAGUGCCGAGGAAGGGCCCAGAUGCCAAAUAUAACGACAUAAUUCUAGCCAAACCAGCAUAUCUGUCACAGCCAUUUUGCGAUGACGACUCAUUAUGGCCUGAUGGGGACGUUGUCAAUGACGACUAUGCUGAAGAGCCCAUCGAUGAGCAGGAGAUUUACGACUUGAUAUCAACCAUCUCUGACCCAGAACACCCCCUCUCUUUGGGACAGCUGGCGGUCGUCAACCUGCCCGACAUUCACAUCAGCCCAUCUCCCUUGUCAGGGCCGUUAGACCCCAAUGCGCUGGUCCAGGUACUGGUUGACUUAACGCCGACGGUGUCGCAUUGCUCCCUUGCCACCGUUCUUGGUCUGGGUGUUCGAGUCCGCUUGGAGCAAGCGCUUCCCCCCAACUACCGCGUCGAUGUCAGGAUCAAGGAGAAUGCGCACGCCCAGGAUGACCAGGUCAACAAGCAGCUGAGUGACAAGGAACGUGUUGCGGCCGCCUUGGAGAACGACACCUUGAGGGGCGUUCUAGACAAGAUGCUCGAAACCUGUGUAUGA